UGUAAGCUGACCAAGCAAGUCGGUUUGGUCGAGGUCCUUGUGCUCCGGUGACUGCCACAUCUUCAUUCUAACCAUCCAUGCUGUCUUCAGUAGCCCGUUCGCGUUCGGGGUACAAUGUCAUUCAUUCAAUACGCGCAUCCGCCAUUUAUUCCACCCAUCGUCGUGCAAUGAUGUCUGCCUUAAGUUCUCAACCUCAGAGACCACCGGAAGCCCAUUCCAGUUCCAGCUCCAGCGCAAAGCAGUUUCUCAAAGAUUCUCCACCCGUUGUCGUACCCACUGCAAAGUCACUAUCACCCGAUGCAUCCUCUCCACAGGUAGCUGCUCGUCCACCACCUGUACCAAAGGCAGAGCGACCGCGGCCAACUAUUCGGUCCACCAAGGCGGUGUUAAGUAUGACGCCGACUGCGGUGCUGCGGUUGCGCGGCUUGCUUAAUAGUCCGACACCACAAUUAAUCCGUAUAAGUGUGCGAAACAAGGGUUGCGCUGGCCUAUCUUACCACCUUGACUAUGUGGACAAGCCAGGGAAGUUUGACGAGGUGGUACAGCAGGAUGGGGUUAGGGUGCUUAUAGACAGCAAGGCACUCUUCUCAAUAAUAGGCAGUGAAAUGGACUGGAAAGAGGAUCCGCUAAGCUCCAAGUUUGUAUUCAACAAUCCUAAUAUCAAGGAUGCAUGUGGAUGCGGAGAGUCAUUCACUGUUGCAUAGUAUUACAUACAGAGCACGUCCAUUACUACCCGGAGUAUUAAACGUACUCCACCUUGCUUCACAAUUUCUUAUUUACACCACAUUCAACUGUAUCCCUAUCAUACACCUCACGAAUAUUCAAUCUAUAGAUGGCGGCGUCCAUCUGAGCUGCUCACACCUUUAGCAUUGUCA